CGUUCAGUUCGGCUAUGUACUUUAAUAUUUACUGAUAUUUAAGAGACAAUUUACGUUUCAAGUGCCAAAAUGCCAGAGGGAGCAUUGCCCAAGAAACAAAAAUGUGAAGAUCAUGCAGUGACAAAAUUCAGAGAAUAUAUACGGAUCAAAACUGUGCACCCUACACCUGACUAUGAUGGAGCCAUUUCCUUCCUGAGAAAUUAUGCAGAAGAGAUUGGUCUUCCAUUUAGGACAGUUGAGGUGCAUCCUGCUCGAUUGGUGGCCAUCAUCACUUGGGAAGGGCUUGACCCAUCCCUGCCUUCCAUCAUGCUCAACUCUCACACUGAUGUUGUCCCUGUUUUCAAGGAACAUUGGAAGGUUGACCCAUUUGUCGCAGAGAAGAUGGAAAAUGGUGACAUCUAUGGACGAGGCACCCAGGAUAUGAAAUCCAAUGGAAUUAUUUAUCUGGAGGCUAUUCGUAAACUGAAGACAGAAGGACAGCGAUUUAAUAGGACAAUUCAUCUCACUUUUGUACCAGAUGAAGAAAUCGGUGGUAAACUUGGCAUGGAGAAGUUUGUGGUGCACGAGGAGUUCAACAAACUUAACAUUGGAUUUGCAUUUGAUGAAGGCUUAGCCAAUCCUACUAGUGCCUUUACAGUUUUCUAUGGAGAGAGAGCUCCUUGGUGGAUCAGGGUGAAAUGUUCUGGCAACCCAGGUCAUGGGUCAAGGUUUAUACAAGGCACUGCAGCUGAGAAAUUUAGACGAAUCAUAAACAGCUUCUUGGAUUUCCGGGCCCAGGAAGAGAAAAAAUUGAAUGGAAAUGCCUGUCUCAAGCUGGGAGAUGUAACGACAGUAAACCUCACCAAUAUCCAGGGUGGAGUACAGUUCAAUGUUGUUCCUAUGGACAUGUAUGCAGGUUUUGAUAUCAGAAUUGCCCCGACUGUGGACCUUCAAGAAUUUGAAAAUAAGGUCAAGAAUUGGUGUACACAAGCAGGGGAUGAUGUUACGUAUGAGUUCCACCAGAAAUGCACGAUACAAGAUACCACAUCAAUAAAUGAAACAGACCCUUGGUGGAAAACCUUCAGCACAGUCUGUGAGAACAUGGGUAUGACGCUUGAACCAGAGAUAUUCCCAGCAGCUACAGACAGCCGUUUUAUCAGAGAGAUUGGAAUCCCAGCGUUAGGAUUUUCUCCAAUGAACAACACGCCCAUUCUACUCCAUGAUCACAAUGAGUUCCUGAAUGAAGACAUUUUCCUGAAGGGCAUUGAUAUUUAUGCUGCAAUUAUCCCUGCAAUUGCAAAUAGGUCUGCUUGAAGAAAAACGUCAAACACAAACUUUACAGGGCAAUAAAUGGAAAUAAAAUGAUCAUUUGAUACCUGGCUACUAUAAUUGACAUUUUUAUAGCAUUUCUUAGAAAUUCACUUUAUUACAAGUGCCUUCAACAACCUAAUGAACUUUGAGUAAAAGAUGAAACUGUGUUAUUUGAAAAUUGACUUUGAUUGGGGUAAGUUAGUAGAAACAAGAAGUAGAAAUCAUUGUUCCAAUCAUAUCUGUGAUCCCUGUCAUGUACUGCAUACAUCUGUAAGUUUCUGUUCUUAUACGAGACGGUCAGGUGACCCUGUAACAAGUAAACAUAGUACAGUUAUUUAAAAAAAAAACAUUAGAUAUACAGGAUAACUUAUCCUUAUCAAAGGAGAGGAAAAACUAAAUUGAAAGAAGAUUCUGUAGCUAUUACGUAGAUUAGGCCAAUAUAUUGAAGUGAUUUUUGAAAUCAAUAUGUUAAUUUAUGUGUCUUGUAUUUAACACUUCUGUUUUUGUCUGGAUUUUUUGAGAAUUUUAAAAUUUCAAUUACAUUUAUAUGGGUAAUUGGAAAAGUAAGUUUGUUUUGAGAAAAAGGAGUUGUUGUUUCUUAAUUUACACAAUGAAGAAUUUAUAUUGCACAUAUCAAGAUAAUACAUAUUUAUGGUCCUUUAAGUGAUGAAUAAGGACUCAUUCCAUUGGCCAUCAAAAGUGCAAUAGAUACACUUUUUUUUUUUUUUUUUUUUUGCAAUUACCAUAAAAGAGGGAAAAAUAGUCCACACAUAAGAGCAGGAUACAGAUUCCUGACCCCAAUUGAAUAGACUGAAAUCUGACUGAAUUCUAUUUAUAGAAUAUUGAUGUUGAUGGCAGCCAGACAUUAUAUAUAGGUAUUUGAACAUACUAAUUGGUCCUGCAUAACAGCUCCAGGUGUGAAUAUCAAUUCAGUGCUUUAUUAUUGCUACAUGUAUAUUUUGAUAAUGUGUAUAUCAGUGAUGGGCUAUAAAUCAAAAACCGAUCAUAGAAAUGAAACAAAGAAAUUAAUAUCUUAAUUGAAAAGAUGAAUAUAAUAGUCAGAUUAAGUAACGACAUAAGUUAACCACUUGUUCUCGCUGAGAUGCUUAGAUCAGUUAUAUUUCUACAUGUAAAAUUGUUUAUGUUGAGGCACCCAGUAAUUUAGUACAAGCAACCCAGAGAGGCUUUCAUUGGUGGUUUUCAAUAAGGAAAUAUAAUUACAUGGACUUGAAGCUAUUUGUCUGCUAACACAUCAGCAUCACACCAACUACAGUCAAUAACAGAUCGUGUUCAAUGGUAUGUUUUAAGAUCUGAUCUAGAAUGCUUUUACCCAGACUUCCAUUACAAGCAUAUUUUUAUGCUUCUUCACACAUUUUGCAUCAAACAGCUAUGAGAGUUAUUCCCCUUGAAAAAAAUGUGAUUUUCAUGCUUGGAAUUAAAAUUUUCCUCAUCAUUGCAUGUGAACUCACAACUAGGUGUUACACUUUUUUUUAAAUUGAUUCCAAUUCAAUAAUCACUUGGAGAGUUAAGAAACCGUUAAAAAACAGUUUUGGAUUUUCUGAUGUACCUUCUUUUAAGAAGAACUGGUAAAUGUACUUUUUAUGCUGAACAUGUUAUAUGUCAAAGCUUAAGUUUGAGUAUUUCAGUUUAUUAUCAUGAAAGUGCCAACAGAAUUUUUGUACACUAUAGCUUUAUUUGUCUACAUUUCAUGUCCUUGAGAAUUUGUACCUCAGAUAUAGUUUACAAUAGAGUGAUGUUAUAUUUGAGAAACAAUAUUGAUUAUCUUUGGUAAUCAACCUUAUUGGCCUUCAUCUAACCAGCAGAUUACAAUAUCUUUGUAUGGAAUGAUACUUUGAUAUUUUCAAAGCAAGGACUACUAUGAUUUACCUUCCCUUGAUGUUUAUAGUCAAGAUAUACAUCUUAAAGCAUGCCUUGCAUUUACUUUGAUGAAAUAGACCUACUUCUCUAUUAUUUUGUGCCACAGACUUCAAAGUUCAUUAUUUAAAUCCCAUCAAGCAUUCAUUAUCAAUAUAGAUAUUUACUAGUGUUCAAUUUACCAGGUGUGUGGUUUUAGAAUUUCAUAUUGAUAUGUACAACAAAACUAAACAUUAAAUUUGCUUAUUUUUAGGUCACCUGAGACAAACUUUCAGGAUGUUCUGUUGCGAUCCCCUUUUGUUCGGCAACUUUUAACAUUUUCAACUUCUUGAAAUCUCUUGAACCGAUUUCAUUGAAAUUUUACAAAAGCCUUUAGUGGCUGUUGAUGCACCAAAAUUGCAAUGUAUAUGGUCCCUGAUCCCCAGGGACCUGACGGCUGGGGCCAAAAUUGGUCAGAUUGAUUGAAAUGUCAAAAAUCUUCUUCUCAAAUCCCAGGUAAGGUAGAAUUUUCAUGGAUGGGAAGGCCUUCAGAUGCUUCACCAACACUAAAUUUCAUGACCCCAAGGUCUUACAUUUCACCCAGGGUAGGGGGUAAAGAUUACUAUAGUUUAUAUAGGAAAAUAUCAUUUUUGAACAUUAUUUGUUUAUUUUCUAUUGGAAAUAAUUCAAACCAGAUUAGAAUUAUUGAUUUAAGUAUUAUGAGAUGCACAUAUUGACCUCUGCUUAUCAUCCUCAGGAGCUGUUGGGUGAGGCCAAAAAUGGGUCAAAUUGACUGAAAUUUCAAAAAUCUUCUUCUCAAUACCCAGAUAAUGUAGAACCAAAUACUCUUCAUGGAUGGAAGUGUAUUAUGGCAUUCUAUAAAAAUCACAAAUUUCAUGACCUGAGGGUCUCACAUUUCCCUCAGGUGAGGGGGCAAAAUUUACUAUAGUUUAUAUAGGAAAAUUACAUUUUUGAGCAUAAAAUGUUUAUUUUCUUUCAGGAAUAGUUCAAUCUUGGUUGGAAUGUUUUUAUUAUUAUUAUAAACUGACUGUUUACUGGUCCCCACAUGCACAAAUUGACCUUGACUGAAAUUUGGGAUGAUGGACAUGUCUCAGGUGACUGUUGCGGCCCAUUGGCCUCUUGUUUUGAUGUUUAAAAAAGACACAAAAAAUCCUCACUGCUUAAAUCUAUUCGACUAUUUUACAUAUGACUUUAGUAACAUUAAUUUUAUAUAUAUAUCCUAAAACUAUAAAGAUAAUAUUAAAUUUGAGAAAAGUGAAUUGUUGAACAGUUAAUGUCAUUAACAUAUCUAAUCAUUUCUUUGUCUGAAAUAUCAAGCAUGUAAAUUAACUUUUCAUGUAAUUUAAUUAUUCUAGUUUUAAAAUUUCCAUAUCCAGUUUUUCAUCUCAAUAUUUUAUAUCGUCGUAAAUGAAUUUGUCACAUUUUGAAUAAACAGAAUUAAUGUA